GUAACUCGUAAUUCGUAACUCGUAACUGGUGACAUAUGCAUGUUCGUGACGUAUAUAGAAAUGUUUGCACGCCGAUAAAGAAACGCGUCGGUGUUACUGUUUUUUUUAUUUCUUUUAUUAUGCGUGACUGAAAAUGAAUAGCCUUGGUUUAAGUUUAAUUUUAAAAAUGGGCUGUCUAUGCUCCAAAGAAACUGUCACGGUAAAUUCAAGAAAUUAUAUAGUUCGUGAACAUCUUGGAGAAGGAGGAUUUAGUACUGUACUUUUAGUCGAAGAUACAGAAACACAUAAAAAGUAUGCUAUUAAAAAGAUUAUCUGCCACGGUUUGGAAGAUCAGAGGCUAGCCGCAAAAGAAAUAGAGUACCACAAUCUUGUGAAACACCCAAAUGUAAUAGAAUGCAUAGAUUCAACUUACAAGGGAACCACGGAUUCAGUUAUUAAUACAACCAGUGAAGUAUUAAUUGUUUUACCAUAUUAUCAUAGAGGUACGCUUGCAAACGAGUUGGAAAGACGAAUUAAAAACAAAGAUUACAUGAGUUCGAUUGACAUCUUAAAUAUAUUUUUACAAAUAUGCGAAGGUGUGAAAGCAUUUCAUGAAGCUAAACCGGAUCCUCUUGCUCAUAGAGAUCUAAAAACUGCUAAUAUAGUCCUUGGUGAUGGAAGCACGUCAAUUAUAAUGGAUUUAGGUUCUGUAGCACCUGCCAGAGUCAAAGUAUGCGGAUCUCAAGCGGCACAAACAUUGCAAGACAUAGCAGCUGAAAGGUGUUCAAUGCCAUACAGAGCGCCAGAAUUAUUUAAUGUGGAAAGUUAUUGUAUGAUAGAUGAACGAACAGAUAUUUGGUCUCUAGGUUGUAUACUUUACGCACUUUGCUACUUUAAAUCACCCUUCGAUGCUGUUUAUGAAAGGGGAGAUAGCGUAGCUCUAGCAGUUAUGAGCGCAAAUGUUACAUUCCCAGAAGAUGCUCCUUAUAACGAGGAUAUGCAAAAUCUAAUUUUAUCAAUGUUAAAGGUAAACCCAAUGGAACGUCCUUAUAUAUACAGCAUUAUAGAAAGUGUGCACGAUCUUAUCGCUAAAUUAGAGACCAGAGUAUAACCGUAUAAAGAACAAUAAUAUAAUUGUAUAUUGUUUUAAAAAUUAGAUAUUCACAACUUUUUAUACUCCUUUCAAAUGACCAUCACAAUAGAAGCGCAAGUCAAUACAUUUAUUAUACUGUGUUAUUAUAAUGAUAUUAUUAUCACUUGGUAGAUCAUAGUUUGAAACAUAUGAAAAAGAAAUUUCUGCAAUAAUAAAUUCUCGGACAUAUUUUCCAUGAA